CCCUCAUAAAUCACAAUAAUUAUCCAUCUUACCAUACAUGGCAGUGCUCUGCCUCCCGCUCUUAUCCUACACGCUACCCACCACUUAAAAUGCGCACCCUCCUCAUUCUGAGGCCGCCACCACCGUCGUCGUCGCUCCUCUUCCCAUGCCUCUCCGCCCUCUCUCCUCCCUCCUCCGUCUUCCUCUUCAGCUCUCGACCCAACAGGCGCUCCCACUUCCUCACCCCGUGCUCUUCUCUCAAGCAGUCCAAGAAGAAGUCCCUCCAGAACACCCCCAAUGCUCCUCCGCAGAGCCAGCGCUGGUUCUUCAACACCCCCAAGAACGACGACGGCGCUGAAAUUGAAAAGACCGGUGAGGCUGACGAUGGCGCCUUUGACGGCGACACUGCGUUUAAAGGCACUGUUUUGGCCGGUGUUGUCCUGGUCGGUAUUGUUGGUGGGUUCGCCGGUGUUGGGUAUGUGUACAAGGAUCAAAUCAACGCCUUCUUGAAUCAGUUUUCCACUUUCAUUGAAGGUUAUGGUCCAGCUGGAUAUGCUUUGUUUGUUGCAGUUUAUGCCGGACUGGAAAUCCUUGCGAUUCCAGCAGUUCCAUUGACCAUGUCAGCUGGUCUUCUCUUUGGCACAGUUGUUGGUUCUAUUCUCGUCUCUAUAAGCGGCACGGUUGCUGCUAGUGUUGCCUUUUUGAUUGCUAGAUAUUUUGCUCGUGAGCGUAUUCUUAAAAUGGUUGAGGGAAACAAAAAGUUUCUUGCCAUUGAUAAGGCUAUUGGAGAAAAUGGAUUUAGAGUUGUCACUCUCCUUCGCUUGAGCCCUUUGCUUCCCUUUUCAUUGGGGAACUAUUUAUAUGGAUUGACAUCUGUAAAGUUUGUACCAUACGUGUUGGGAAGUUGGUUGGGGAUGCUUCCAGGAACAUGGGCUUACGUAAGUGCUGGUGCAUUUGGGCGAGCUAUAAUUCAAGAAGAAUCUGAUGUUGGUUUGCCUGGAGGAAAUGGUCAGCUCUUGACACUAGGGCUUGGACUGUUAGCCACAGCAUUGGCUGCUGCUUAUGUAACACGACUAGCAAAGGAUGCUGUAAAAGAUAUCGAUUAGGUGACGGGGUCUGUCUGCCCAUGAAGUCUGCACAAUGUAUUUGAAACUUCAAAAAAGAAAAAAAAAAAAAAAAAUGUAAAAAGUUGAUUGCUACUUCACUGCCUUGUAAUUAUCCAACUUUUGGCAAAUUGAAUAGGAAAUGUCUUGAUUUUACUCUUGAAUUGUAUCACUAAUUCCUGAUGAGAAAUGUGGUUCAGAUUUUUCUAUUCCA